AUGAUAGGCAUAAUCGCAAUGUUGAAUGGUACCGUGAUUAUCUUACAUAUCACAGGGGGAAUGACUUAUGUGGAUGAGGAUGGCUCUUCUGGGUCUGGUGAAGAUGUGAACAUGUUGGAUGGACAGAAGCGUCACCAGGUUGUUGUACCGUCUGGUUCCGGUGGCCGGAAGCGCAGCCGCAAGGCUAACGGGGAUGCCAUUGUGGAUGCCAUGCUGGAGAUUGCUGCUGCUUCAAAGAUGAGGGCCACUGCAAUUUUGAAGAAUGAGGACAGGUUCUCCAUAAGCAAGUGCAUAAAGGUGUUGGAUGAGUUGCCAGAUGUUGAUGAAGGGCUCUACUUUCUUGCAUUGGAUUUGUUUGAGAACAACUCGAGUGCCCGUGAGAUUUUCAUUUCUCUCAAGGGUGAGAAGAGGUUGCCAUGGUUGCAGUGCAAGUUGAGUGUCUCCCAUAGUUGA